AUGUCAGAUAUCGACGGCGUCUCCCAAUUGAGAGCAUCUACCAAAAUGGAUGCCGCCGGCAAUCGAAGCGGGAAUACGACAGCGAUACCUUCUGACAGGAGCGAAGAUGGGUUAUAUGAUGACAAGGGGAAUGAGAGCAGAAAUGAGAAGAGGAGGAGGAAGAGCAUACGGGUCUUAAUCGAUGAUUCGGGAAAGAAGACUCAACACAGUCUGACGGCAGAAGAACUCCGGGAGAUCAUGCGCUCCGGUAUGCAAAAGGAGGUGGAGAAGCUGAGCGGGAAAUCGAAGGCCAGGAUACGAGAUCUGGUUUUCACCCGCCAAUUCACGACCUUUGAUCGUCAGAACCCCAACGCGUCCCAGUCGCCUUUCCACGGCUUCUUCACCUUGUUCUGGAUCGCCAUGGCCUUGCUGCUUACACAGAUUGCCGCCCGGAAUUACAAAGAAGAAGGAUCAGUGUUUGGAAACGCAGAGAUAUUACACUUGAUGGUAGACCGCGACCUGUUCGUGCUCUUGGCUACAGACACAGCUAUGUGUGCUGCCACCAGCUUCGGGUUCUUCUUACACAAGGUCAUCGCUGCAGGCUACCUGUCGUGGAGUGAGUCAGGCUGGAUCAUACAGUCCGUGUGGCAGUCGUUCUUCACGGGUUUCGUAAUCUUCUGGACGUUCUGGCGACAGUGGCCCUGGACGCACACAGUGUUUGUUGUCUUGCACGUAUUUGUGUUACUUAUGAAGCAGCACGCGUAUUCCUUUUACAACGGUUAUUUAUCACGCGUUUAUCGCAGGCGUAACCUGCUCGAACAGAAGCUUCAUCAGCUUGAUGACCUUAACGCUCAACAAGGCCUCUCGCCAACUUUACCAAGUGCUGCGACGCUAUCAGCAACUGGUGUCAAUUGUUCAGAAGACAAUACGCUGACGCAUCGCAAAAGCCGCGGUCCGAAGUACUCUACCGACUUCUCGACAGAGGAGUCGCAGAUUGCGUCUAUUGGCCAAGCUAUCGAGACCAACGAGGCACUGGACAGCGAGCAAAUACAGACUUUCCAUCGUAUUCUCACGACCGAAGUCACGAUCUUAGACGAAGAACUUCGCGGCAAAUGCUCGACAACCGCCAACAUGUAUCCUAAUAACUUGACAUUGUACAACUUCAUCGAGUGGACCUGCUUACCUACCCUGGUUUACGAUCUCGAGUACCCUCGUCAGGAAAGGAUCAACUGGUGGUACGUAGCCGAGAAGGCUGCCGCCACACUGGGAGUCAUCUGGGUCAUGGUCGUUGUGUCGCAAGCGUACAUCUAUCCCGUCGUUGUCGAGACCACAAGACAGAAGGAGGCAGGCAUGUCGCUCGACGAGCGAUGGAAAGAGUUCCCUUGGGUCGUCAGCGAUAUGCUGUUUCCCAUGCUUCUCGAGCAGCUCCUUUCCUGGUAUGUUAUCUGGGAGUGUCUACUUAACGUGUUGGCCGAGAUCACGCGGUUCGCCGACCGUGACUUUUACGGCGACUGGUGGAACAGCGUGAGUUUUGAUCAGUAUGCACGCGAUUGGAACAGGCCAGUUCACAAUUUCCUCCUGCGCCACGUGUACCACUCAUCCAUCUCAUUCUUCCACCUGUCCAAGAUGCAGGCUACGUUCUUCACAUUUCUACUCAGCGCCAUCGUACACGAAGUUCUUAUGUUUUGUAUCUUCCACAAGAUCAGAGGAUAUCUGUUCACAUUCCAGCUGACGCAGCUGCCUCUUGCGGCCUUCAUGAAGACAAGGUGGAUGAAGGAAAAGCACACGCUAGGAAACGGCAUCUUCUGGUUUGGACUGUUUAUCGGACCCAGCGUGAUCACCAGUCUUUAUUUGAUCGUGUAG